AUGAAUGCAGCAGAACGUAAUGCAAAAUGCUCCCCACCAGAUGUUGUUAGAACAUGGCAAAGCUCAUGUAAUGAAAAGGAAGACAUUGCCGAGCCGAUAACACAAGCGGACUUCCUGGCACAUUACAACCUUCUGCCUGAUAUCGCCAACUCAUGGCCGGUCGACCAAACCACUCGACUGACAGCUGCAGGAUUCCGGCAUCACACAACCAUCCAAUCCGCCAAGCUGACUGAAGCAGUAGACAGCAAGUACGUCGCCUUACUUCAGGAUUUUCCAGCGCUGACAAAACCUCCAGGAAGUGUAGUGGAACUAACAUUGAUAUCAUUGUCUGAUUAUAUCACUGCCCAUACUACUGCAUUCUUCUGACCACUGCAUGUGUGAUAUGGUAUCUUCCUGACUUGCAGGCUGUGGGUUCAACACUUAUUCCUCAAUACACUCACAGAGCGUCCUUGCACAAUUUUGGUAGGAAGGAAGAUCAGAACCAGUCUCACACGUUAGAUAA